ACGCGGUUACUGGUGGUGAGAGAUUGGGCUGUGGUUUCUAUGAGAGAGUAGGAACUUGUGAGAAAAUAUUCAAAAAGUAUAAAUUUGUCUCAGCUACGUUAUUCGAAAACCUAUCCAUCAACAACAAUAAGUGAACCCAAUCCGUUUCUGUGAAGAUUUUAUGUCAUAAAAACUCAAGGAGAAUUAAGAAGCCGUGAAGUAGUCGACCAAAUUUCUUAAUUCAUCUGGAGAAUUCACCAUCAUGGCGGAACAGAGAUCCCCCGAGAUAAAUGCAAAAACUCCAAUGCUGCAUGACUCCAACAUAAUCCGAAUGACUGAGUCACGGAGUUCCUGUGGUAAAAAAUUUUGUGAAUGGAUCAAGACGAACCUGCUUCUAGUUUUGACAGUGCUCGGCGUGUUUUUGGGUAUUUCCAUUGGUUUUCUGGCCAGAUUCGGCGAAUAUGGUGAAGAUGCUAUCAUGCUUGUUUCUUUUCCCGGUGAUAUCCUGAUGAGGAUGUUGAAGAUGCUGAUUCUGCCACUGAUAAUAUCCUCCAUGAUAUCAGGCCUCGCUCAGCUGGAUCCGAUGUCUAGUGGAAGGAUGGGUUCUAGGGCUCUUUGCUACUACUUUACCACUACCAUGUUGGCUGCAAUGCUAGGAAUCAUUCUAGUGAUAGCUAUCCAUCCUGGUGACCCAUCCAUCAAAAAAGAAAUCGAAACCGAUUCUGAGGAUAAGAAUGUCUAUACUUUGGACGCUUUCUUGGACCUCAUAAGAAACAUGUUUCCCGAAAAUCUUCUUCAGGCCUGCUUCCAACAGGUUGAGACAACAUAUCGUAAGGCAAAGGCUAAGCCUAGCUUUGUACGGCCUGACGUGAACGUGACUAACAUGACUGUCGUUGAAAAUAUUACGCAGUCCUUCCAGGAGAGAGAGCUCGCUUACAAAGACGGGACUAAUGUACUGGGCUUAAUCAUCUUUUGCAUCGCUUUUGGCGUAAUUUGUGGUCAACUUGGAGAAGAAGGAGAGAUUAUGGUGAACUUUUUCGUGAUCCUAAAUGACAUCAUCAUGAGGAUUGUAGUGUUAGUAAUGUGGUACUCACCAUUCGGUAUCAUGUCUCUGAUAAUCGGAAAGAUCAUGGAUAUAAAGGAUUUAGCCCAAACAGCCCAGCAGCUGGGACUAUACAUGUUGACUGUAAUCACUGGACUGGUUAUUCACGCAGGACUCACUUUACCGCUCCUCUUCUUCGUCAUCACCAAGAAGAAUCCGUUAACAUUCAUGAAGGGGAUGCUGCAAGCAUGGAUCACUGCUCUUGGAACUGCUUCGAGUGCUGCCACUCUUCCCAUUACUUUUCGAUGCUUAGAAGAAAAUAAUCAUAUCGACAAACGAGUUACGCGAUUUGUUCUACCAGUGGGCGCUACAGUCAACAUGGACGGCACAGCUCUGUACGAAGCAGUAGCUGCCAUCUUCAUUGCUCAAAUGAAUGGAAUAGAACUGGCAGCAGGGCAAGUGAUCGCAGUAAGUUUGACUGCAACUGCCGCCAGCAUAGGAGCAGCAAGUGUUCCAAGUGCAGGCCUGGUAACCAUGUUACUAGUGUUGUCGGCUGUUGGACUUCCAACUAAAGAUAUUACUAUGAUUGUUGCUGUGGACUGGCUACUAGAUCGUCUCCGAACUUCUAUCAAUGUCCUUGGGGAUGCUUUUGGUGCUGGUAUUGUUGAUCAUCUAUCAAAAGCGGAGCUGGAGAAAAUUGACGCUGAACAUGCUCGGAUAGAAAUGGAAAUGGCAGAGAGGAAGUCGUCUCGGGCCUCUAGGGGAAGCCUUGUUCACCACAGAAGUUUGGACAAAUCUAACAGCAAAACGGAUAAUCCAGGUGGCAGCCCAAGUGGGCGAGUGGAUAAUAGCGAAACUCAGAUUUAAGGUUGUUUAUGAAAGGAUCAGAAUAUAAAAACGGAGGGACAUCUAAGUCAUGAAAAUGGUAAACUCUUCAUGAAGAAUAUAUGUUAAUAUAUUCCGACACCAGUUCUGUUUUCGUUUUAUAUAAAAUAAAUUGUAACUCACAUAUUGUUGUUUAUUUCAAAGUCUCAAAAUAUAAUUAAUUAUUUAGCAAUAUUUAAGGAACUUGUCUAUCCAAAAUGAAACAUGAGAUAAAUUAAAAUAGUAAGAUAAACUUAGUAAGAUAUAAGAAUGAAAUGCAUAAUAAUUCUGCUUAUAAAGCUGUAUCUCACAAAAUAUGUUAAUUAUUUACGACUAUUUUGAAAGUAAUUGUUGCAAAAUAGCCUCAAACGGGGAUAUGUUUUUUUUGAGUACACAAACUAGAAAUGAAGCAAGAGAUUUGUUUCGGUUAAUUCAUUAAUAUUCAAGUUUAUAGCCUCGUAUCUUAAACAACUUGGUUUUUCUUUGUUAGAUAAUUAGAAAAAUAGCCUAGAAUUGACCAGUUAAACUAUAACUUCUUACUAAUAUCAGUAAGUAUUUGUUUUCAGUUUAUAGAAGAAGCGCACAAACUUUCGUUAACUUGUACAGAAUUAAAUUAAGGAUCUAAGAGCAUAUAUAAAGUGAGCCAGUUUUACAACCAAAUUUUAUUUUUCUUCUUAAAGAUUUCAGAAAAUGGAAACUUAGUAUAAAUGCGUAAAAAUGUCUUUAAGCCUAAUCUAUGAGAGAUUACUAAAGAAAAAGUGGAAGAAAACUUAUAAUUAUUUUAAAUACUUUUUCAUAAUAGUUUCUAGUUCAUGAAAUAGCUAAAGAGUAUGCAGCAUGUGAGUUUAUUUUAAAUACAUUUAUAUUAUAGUUUUACCAGUGUCAUCUAGUGGUACAAAUGUUACUUUAGCUAUGAUAAAUUAUUGAGUGUUAUAGAUAACGGAUGAUAUACAAUUAGAUGAUUAAAUAAGAUAUAAUUUGUAUUAUAAUUUUCGCGUAACACUGAUUACCAGGUUAAAUGCCUUUAGCCACAAAGUUUGUCACAAACGCUAAAUAUCUCUACCAGACGCUCCUUUAUAGAAUUCGCUUUACUGUAAUCUAUAUAAAUACUAAGUAUGUUUUUUACAAGUUGUUAACAUUUUAGUCUUGCAUUUUAGAAAAUUGUUAGGUUUUCUAGUUAAAAUAAAUUUCACCAAUAAAUUAAUGUUGCUAUUUGUUUUGUCAAACACCUGAAAUGUAUUUAUUGAAUGAAUAAAUUGUAAAUGCCUUGUUUGCACACACAGGUUAAAAUACUUUACAACUUAAUACAAAUCCCUAGCCAAACAGUAAAUUACAGUACAAUCAUCUGGGAUCAUUUGCUUUCUUAUCUAUUUAUUGUACGAUAGGAUGCAGAUUCGGAGUAUACGGUGAAAAUAAUACAUUUAAAUAAUAAGAAUAGAUGUGGUCAGUGUUUAUGGUGAAAGUGAUAUAUGCGAAUAAAACCAAGAGUUCGAGUCUGGAUGUAUGGCGAACGUGGUGCAUUUGAAUAAAACCCAAAUGUUUGGUCUGAAUGUAUGGUGAGCGUGCUAUAUUUGAAUAAAACCCAGAUGUUUGGUGUGAAUGUAUGGUGAGCGUGAUAUAAUUUGAAUAAAACCCAGAUGUUUGGGCUGAAUGUAUGGUGAGCGUGAUAUAUUUGAAUAAAACCCAGAUGUUUGGUGUGAAUGUAUGGCGAGCGUGAUAUAUUUGAAUAAAACCCAGAUGUUUGGUCUGAAUGUAUGGUGAGCGUGAUAUAUUUGAAUAAAACCCAUAUGUUUGGUCUGAUUGUAUGGUGAGCGUGAUAUAUUUGAAUAAAACCCAUAUGUUUGGUGUGAAUGUAUGGUGAGCGUGAUAUAUUUGAAUAAAACCCAGAUGUUUGGUGUGAAUGUAUGGUGAGCGUGAUAUAUUUGAAUAAAACCCAGAUGUUUGGGCUGAAUGUAUGGCGAGCGUGAUAUAUUUGAAUAAAACCCAGAUAUUUGGUCUGAAUGUAUGGUGAGCGUGAUAUAUAUUUGAAUAAAACCCAGAUGUUUGGUCUGAAUGUAUGGUGACCGUGAUAUAUUUGAAUAAAAAACAGAUUUAUAGUCUGAAUGUAUGGUGAAGGUGAUAUAUUUAAAUAAAAACCAGAUAUCUGGUCGGAAUAUAUGGUGAACAUGAUAUAUUUGAAAAACAAAACAAACAGAUUUCUGGUCUGAACGCAUGGUAAACGUGAUGUAUUUGAAUUAAAACAAGAUUUCUGUUCUGAAUAUAUGGUGAGUGGGAUAUAUUUGAGAGAAACAAGCAAACAGAUUUCUGGUCUGAAUGUAUGGUGAACGUGAUAUAUUUGAAAAACCCAACAACAGAUUUCUGGUCUGAAUGUGCGGUGAGCGUAAUAUAUUUGAAUAAAAACCAGAUUUCUGGCCUGGUUAUAUGGUGAGCGUGAUGACUCUCAUCUGAGUAUAAUAAUGUUAAUAUUUUAAGUUAUAGAAUUAUGGGACAUACAAAGAUUGAGGGAAAGCGUCCCUUUUGUUAUUAAUUUUAUAUAUUUGGAAAUAUCAUUGCUUCUAUGUAUUUAAGUUCUUCUAUUCGUCAUAUAUUAAUAGUAACAAUAAAAGUUUUCAUGCAUCACUCUACGUAAAACCCCUAUGUAUUUUUAACCAGUAAGAUGAAUAGCCAAUACAUAUUGUGUCCGAACGUUCUGUCAAGAUGUAUUUUAAAAGCUUUCGUAGAUUCCACAUUGUGGUGUGGGAAUAGCCGAUGUUUAUUGUUUCCAAAUGUUGUUUCAAGUUGUAAUGAAAAUGCCCACCCAGUUUCCACAUUGUGGUUUGGGAAUAGCCGAUGUUUAUUGUUUCCGAAUGUUGUUUCAAGUUGUAAUCAAAAGAUUUACCUUGUUUCCACAUUGUGGUGUGGGAAUAGUCGAUUCAUAUUGUUUCCCAAUGCUGUUUCAAGUUGUAAUAAAAAGGCCCACCUAGUUUCCACAGUGUGGCGUGGAAAUAGACGAUGUAUAUUGUUUACGAAUGUUGUUUCAAGUUGUAAUAAAAAGGCCCACCUAGUUUCCGCAAUCUGGUGUGGGAAUAGCCGAUGCUUAUUCUUUACGAAUGUUGUUUCAAGUUGUAAUAAAAAGGUCCCACCUAGUUUCCACAUUGUGGUGUUGGGAAUAGCCGAUGUUUAUUGUUUACGAAUGUUGUUUCAAGUUGCAAUGAAAAUGCCCACCUAGUUUCCACAUUGGUGUGGGAAUAGCCGAUUCAUAUUGUUUCCCAAUGCUGUUUCAAGUUGUAAUAAAAAGGCCCACCUAGUUUCCGCAUUGUGAUGUUGGAAUAACCGAUGCUUAUUGUUUACGAAUGUUGUUUCAAGUUCUAGUGAAAAUGCCCACCUAGUUUUCACAUUGCGGUUUGGGAAUAGCCGAUGUUUAUUGUUUCCGAAUGUUGUUUCAAGUUGUAAUGAAAAUGCCCACCUAGUUUCCACAUUGUGGUUUGGGAAUAGCCGAUGUAUAUUGUUUCCGAAUGUUGUUUCAAGUUAUAAUGAAAAUGCCCACCUAGUUUCCACAUUGUGGUGUGGGAAUAGCUGAUGUAUAUUGUUUCGGAACGUUGCAUUAAUUUGUCUUUCAAAAGUCCACCUAAAUUUCAUAUCGUAGUGUGGGAGUAGCCGAUGUAUGUUGUUUCCGAAUGUUGUGACCAUACCUUCGUAAAUACUAGGCUGUGAUGUCAGAAUGUGUAAAAAGACAAUUUUAAGAUACAGUAUUUGUACAGAAAAUUUGGGUUCCUUUCUCUCUAUCAACAAGUUACGUAAAAGUACCCUAUGUUUUAAUGAUAUAUGAAUGUGCAUGCAUUGAACACGUGUACCAUGUUUGACGUCAUUCGACGAUAGCCUCGAAGAUGUCUGUAGAGUUGGUAUGUAGGUUAUUAAUGAUAUAAAAGGCUAAAUUAAUAUGUAGUUUGCGUAAUUGUUGUGUCUAGUACCCUUGUGGCUAUUAUAGCAUGUUUAGUAAUUGUAUAUAUCUUUGUAAUUAUGAGGUUGAAGCACUUUUAACUUGGUUUUGUAUGACCAAAUCCUUGAUAGUUUAUAUAAGAAACAAUUAGUGAAUAAUAUUAACUUUUGAGUUGAGUUUUAUUUUAUUUUAUUUAGGUUUGCAUCAAUUUAGCACCUUCUCAAAAAAUGAAUAAAAAAAACCAGGUCUACUGCAUUAUUCAUAUAAUAAAAUUAUUGUGUAAGUAACAGUUACGGUUAUUACAAUUAAAAUAAUGUAUAUUCAUAAAAACAACUGGUUAAACUUCAUUAAAAGUUUAUUAGAGCGUUUAUUCAAGUUCAAAAUAUUCGAUGUUAAACAAUAAUGAAAAUAUAUUUUCUAUAGCUACAACAGUGGUUAUUUACAGGGAGAAUAGAAAGUAUUAUAACUGUUUAUUUUUGAAAUAUAUUUACUGCAGUUCUGUGUGUGGCAAGAGAGUUUAGUGAAUUUGUAAAAUAUUUUGCGCUUGCUGAUUAACUAUUGAUUAACUGCAUUGAUUUUACUAUUGUUCUAACUUUUUUCUUUAAAGUAUAAAGAUAUUUAACGAAGUUGUUUGUGGGAGUUAUGGUAUUUAUUAGAAGAUUCUCGAACAACUUGGGAUUCUGUAUUUAAUUCGUAUAUACUAAAACACCUAAAAUCAUUUCAAUCAAUUAUAACAAGAACUGUCGUGUUUUCAGUAUGUUUCGUCACAAAUUAAGAGGGAAUUUGAGAUGUGUAGUCAAUGAUUUGGAGGCAAACUUAUUCAACGUGUUAUCUGUUGUGUGUUUGGUUUCAAGGUAGAAAUUAACACAAGAGGAUAUUUCUACUUUUUUAUUUCAAAUAUAUUUAUUUAGUUCAUUUUUGCUUACAAGUAAAGUUUAUUUAAAAUAAUGAAAGAACUAAAUAAUGUUAUUUUCCAGAAGUUUUCAAAGUCAUUGUCGGUGUUCAUAAUCCAAACUGAAGCCACUAUUCUGAGACAACCUAACGAUCUAGUCUUAUUUGAUUUCUUAUAUGUUCAUUUUAAUAGUUGACUUUUGAAAUAUGAUUAAUGAAAUAAAAUUCAUAGGAACAGUAUUUGUUUCUGUGUUCAAAAA